UGCACAUUCUUCCAUCCUUCAGUUAGGCCUUCGAAGGGUAAGCAGCUUCUACACUGAGACAUCCAGAGCAAGAAAUUCAUCGCCAUGUCCAUCCGGAGGCUCAGGAACAACCCUAAAAUACUGGGGGAUGUCAAUAUGGUGACAGAGGAGCUGAAGAAUCUUUAUUACAAGAGGCUGCUGCCGAUAGAAAAAUACUACUCUUUCCAUCACUUUCACUCUCCGAGCUAUGAGGACGCAGAUUUUGACAACAAGCCAAUGGUGCUGGUGAUGGGUCAGUACUCAACAGGAAAGACCACUUUUAUCAGGUAUCUCAUAGAACAGGAUUUUCCUGGUAGCAGAGUUGGGCCAGAGCCAACCACUGACUGCUUCAGUGCCCUCAUGUAUGGAGAGACAGAGGGAAUCAUCCCUGGGAAUGCCCUCACAGUGGAUCCAAAAAAGCCCUUUCGCAACCUCGACCCUUUUGGAAAUUCUUUUCUGAACAGGUUUCAGUGUGCUCAGAUGCCAAAUCAGGUCCUUGAAAGCAUCAGCAUUAUCGACACACCGGGCAUCUUAACCGCUGCUAAAAGAAAACUGAGUCGAGGCUAUGACUUCCCAGCAGUGCUGCGGUGGUUCGCAGAGCGUGUGGAUCGAAUCAUCCUGCUGUUUGAUGCACAUAAACUGGAGUUUUCUGAUGAGCUCACACGGGCGUUUGGGGCCCUGAGUGGCUAUGAGGACAAGUUGCGUGUGGUUCUCAACAAGGCUGACAGAGUGGACUCACAGCAGCUCAUGAGAGUGUACGGCGCCCUCAUGUGGUCACUGGGGAAAGUGUUUCGAACCCCCGAGAUCCUGCGGGUUUACAUCGGAUCUUUCUGGUCAGAGCCGAGGCAGGUCUGUGACCACUACCAACUGAUAGAGCUUGAGGAGGAGGAUCUUUUAGCCGACAUACGGAACCUGCCGCGCAAUGCUGCAGUGCGCAAGCUGAAUGACCUGGUGAAGAGGGCACGCUUAGUAAGGGCUCAUGCACACAUUAUCAGCUAUCUUAAGCAGGAGAUGCCAACCAUUUUUUGCAAAGAGAGCAAAAAGCACAAUCUGAUUUACCAGCUGCCUGUGAUUUUCACCAAGAUCCAGCAACAGCAUCGAGUCCCAGCUGGUGACUUCCCAGACUGCACCAAGAUGCAGGAGAAACUUCUGGGUCAAGAUUUCUCAAAGUUCAAGACACUGAAACCAAGUCUAAUGGCUUCCUUGGAUAAACUCCUGACCACCGACAUAGCAAACCUGGUGCCUUUACUUCAACAACAGGAAGUGAGGAAGAAAUCCCUCCCUGGUGUGUUGGACGGGGACUUUUUGGGAACGUUUAGGCCCGAGCAUUACAGGAGAGAUCCUUUCAAGGAACUCCCCAGAGACGACGAGAGCAGUGAGGCAGAUUUUGAUGACUGGGUCGUGGAGAAAUACAAGCCGAAAUACGAUGAGAUUUUCUACAACCUCAGUCCAAAUGAAGGCAAACUCAGCGGCACCAAAGUCAAAGAGUGGAUGACGACCACGCUUCUGCCUAACUCUGUGCUUGCUCAUAUCUGGAGGCUGUCUGAUGUAGAUGGCGAUGGUAUGUUGGACAAUGAGGAGUUUGCUUUAGCAGUGCACCUUAUUGAGGGAAAACUGGAGGGCCACUGGCUGCCCCGAGAGCUGCCCUCUCACCUGGUGCCACCGUCAAAACGGUUAAGUACAGCCAGUGAUGAUGAGUAAACAUGACAUGACUGAGGAUAUGUCAUAAUUACAUGUAAAAUUUGUGCAUAAAUUUCUAUAUAUAAUCAAAUCUGUUGAAAGCGGGUUGAUAUUUAAAAAGAAGUGGACAAUGCAAUGUUAAUCAUCAUGACACCAAAACACUAUGAUUGAUGGUUUUGAUCAGUGCAAUUGCAAAGAUUUCAUAUU